AUGAAAGGAGGUAAGAGUGGUUUCGGCCACUGGAACUUCAUGAAAGGAAAAGGGAAAUCAGGAAAAGGAAUGAAAGGAAACUUCAAAGGAUCAGGAAAAGGAAAAGGAGGAAAGGAAGGAUAUGGAAAGAAAGGAACUUCGGGUUCAGGAAAGACGGGAGCAAUCACAUGUUGGACGUGCGGCCAAAUUGGCCACACUUCGAGAGAGUGUCCGCACCAGUAUCGUGUUUCCGCGGUAGAUGAGACUUCAGGUGAUUGGAAUGCAGAUUGGACAGGAGAGUAUGACGCAGGGCAUGACUUCGGUGAUGCCUGGGAUGCCUCAUGGGAUGAUGCUUCGUGGAUCGGUGCAAUUGAUGACUUCACAUGGCAGGUUGAUGCAUGGGAUGAUGGAUCGUGGUGGACUUCUGCUUGGAAUGAGGAUCCUUGGGCUUACGACCCGACUUCCUUCUCUCAAGCCUCCCAACCAGCCACCUCAAGCGAAACUUCAAACCAAGCGCCGGUACCACCAGCAGCUACGCAGACUUCAGCAACUUCGGCUGACAAGGUUUCGGCUGUUACCUUCGGUGAGCCUCCAGGCCUUUCACUUCCCGACAAAACUUCGAAAGCCAAAGCCUCACCCAAGCCGAAAGCCUCAACAGCCUCAGGACUUCUGCUUGCUGCGAACUACACCGCAACUUUAGGAAAGGAUGAGCUGACACUUCACGCUCCAGAUGGCAAGCACCUUCCUGUUGAGCGUGAGGGUUCACUUCUUUUCUUGAAGCCGGAAAUACUUCCUUUUGUCAAGCACGACUUCGAGUUGGUGUGUGUUGCGUUCCACGAAAACUUCGCAACGGAGGCUGAGAGCACGGUGUCAGCGUUCAAGCCUGUGUACUACCACGCUGAUCGUUGGCACUUCGAUCCCGCAAGAAACGUUCUUGUGCGGUAUCACAAGCGCCCUCGCAAAAAUCUGUUUGUGCCAAGCGGCACUUCAGAUAGACCAGUGGCGCUGAACAAGCUUGCUCAAGAGCGGAAAACCUUCGUGGUUGAUGCUCAAGGAAAUGAGAAGGAGCUCACGGACAACUGGGUCACUUCAGAUGAGCCCACGCGAGCGCUGGAUCACUUCUGGAAAGGAAGAACGGAGUUUAAACUUACAACUCCUCCGAACCAGCGCCCGCCGACGAGACUUCUUCAGAAGAGGUCACUUCUCACUCCGCCGGCCCACGAGGAUCCGAAAGCUUCUCCUCCAGUUGAGCAUGCGCGCACUUCUCGCGCCCCUGUUGCGACAGAGUCUUUCAGACCAGAAACUUCGCUGUAUCCGAAGAGGUCUGAUCUUCAGAAGAGCCUUCGUGAAGCUUCGGAUGGAAAUGAGGCAAGUGUGAGACGCUUUGUGGCAUCUCAACUUCAAGAGCCAGAUCCAAGCACAGGCCUUCCGUAUGAACAUGACUUCUGGUUGGACACACCGUUGAUGUGGAUUCGCUUCCACUUCGUUCCGCGUAGCACGUUGUUUGUUCCCAACGAGGAGGAACUUCAAGGUGGCCCUGAUGUCACCCAGCUUGGUCGUGAGCGCAUGACUUGCUUGUGCACUUCGGAAGGUGACCAGUGGCGCGAAGAUAAUUGGGACUUCGAAAGCGAAGCCUCCAAGAGAGAGGUUGGCUUCACUUUCACAGGAGCUACGUGUUUCGCCAAGCCGGAGGAAGAGGUCGUUGAGCCACUUCCCGUUCCGGUUGCUGGUGAGGACACCGACGCCAGAGAGCUUCUUGACUCGUUGAAAGCGACUCCUUGGGACCCGCGUGGUCGCCAAGAGGAGAGUGCUCACUUCGUUCUUCCAGCCCAGUCUGAAGCUUCGCCUGCCGCAGCGCCUGCAGUCUCAGACCUGCAGGGAGCGCAGGACGCGGCCGGCUCCAGUGCCGACGGCACUUCUGGAAGCAAGCGCAGCGCAGAGGCACCUCCAGAGGAUGCGCCUUCGCAACUUCGGGCCAGGCUGGAACAGUCGCAGGGAGAGAAGCGCGAGAUCUCCGCGGAGGUCCCGGCCAGUGCGACCAAACUUCAGCGAAUCUCUGCGGUGCUUGAGGGUCGCCUGGUUGACACUUCUUGCGUUGCUUCUGUGACCACGCGUGACGGUCUUGAAGUUCCUGUCGAGGUUAACGUUGACCGUGCUGAAGAACUUCAGGCCUUGCGUGCAAAGCCGCCUUUGCAAGGACUUCAUGGCCGCCGCCGCUCCUUUGGGCUGCGACUUCGUGCCUCACUUCGUUGCCGCCAUGGCUUCUGCUUGGGUUUCUUACUUCUGGCUGGGUUCUUGGCAACUUCGCUUUGGUAUUCGUUUCUGCAUGGAUGGUUUGCGAACUUCACACCGGAUUGUGCCCACUUCGGUUGGGACAUGGAAUUUUUCACUUCAUACCGGAUUGUGCCCACUUCUGUUGGGACGUGGUUUUGGUACAGACUUCUUUGCGAUCGACGUCUUCAGUGGUUUGUGUGCUUCUACUUCGGGAAGAUGGCGCCCAAACUUCAGGUUCCGGUGCCAAAGGCAGUGGCCCUCGGACUUCCUCCGGCAGCUUUGCCAGGACCUUCGACUUCGGAGGAGGCCGAGAUGACGCGGGACUUCCGCAACUUCGUGGAGGAGCAUCAGUUCUAUAUUCCAGACCCGAACUUCGCAAGAGAUGAGCUUCCUCCGCGACUUCCCACGCGAGCACUUCCUCAGAACACUUGGCUGGAACUUCGCUAUGCGUCGGGCAACUUCGAGACGAUCUGCGGACUUCACCCGGCGCACUUCCAGCAACUUCACAGGGCCGUGGAUGUACUUCGGGUACACUUCUACGGCAGGGAGGCGGCCCGACUUCUCGGGCAUGGCCGGGAUCACCUCGGCUGGAGCCACUUCGCUGGGAUGAGCUACUUCGCCGUGGACAAUGUGUGCUUCACGCACUUCAAGCAUGUCCCUGACUUCCUGGAGUCACUUCGCCAGGGCCGGCAGAUCUGCAAACUUCUGCUGCCUGGGACUUCGGACUUCAGGAUGGUCUACGCGCUACUUCGACUUCAACCUGGAGUGGACAACCCGGUGGUGACGGCACUUCAGUCUGCGGCGCUGUUCCCGGAGCUCUUCGCCCGGAGCACUUCGUAUGUAGCCAACGAGACGGACUUCUGCAUCAACUUCAAGGCAAGCUAUAUCGGCCCGAACUUCGUUGAUGUACUUCCCGAGCCUUCGAUCCGGUUGUGGUUUUGCACUUCCUUGAACUUCAUCCUCACGCGCAUGUCACGAGAUGGAGAUGGCGAACUUCACCUGACUUCGGAUAUGCAGCCAUUCUCCCCGGAUAUGUUGAACUUCGCAUUUUCUCCGAGGUCAGCGGUGUGGCUUGCGUGCUUCGGACUUCAACUUCUGUUGGAGACUUCCCCGACCGAAGCCAACCGAGUGCUUCAAGGAGGCAUCGGACUUCUGUCCUUCAGGAUGACCUCGAGCGAGAUCUUGAACUUCGUGGAAGGUAACCGCUUCCGCUUCUGGAAUCGGCGGUACAUCGACUACUUCAUCAACGUGCCCGGCGAGCACUUCGUGUUGCGACCUCACCUCCGCACUUCCUUGGCGGUGAUUCGUCUUCCGGGCAACUUCCAACAGUUCUUUGACUUCGCCUGGUCGAAAACUUCGCAUGGCUUCAACCGCUACAUGCACAUCCCGAUGAGGACUUCGGACUUCGCCCGGUUCGAGAACACUUCUGAGGCGGAUUCGUGGGUGAGUCGUGAGCUUGCCGUGCAACUUCUGAGGGCACGCUACUGA